UUAUUUUUUUUUAUAAAACUCAGAAUUAGACUGAAGGGUCAAAUUUGCCCUUGAACUAUGCGAAACAUUCAAAUUUUAUCCUUUAUUUUAAAAAAUUAAUCUUUAAUCGCGUGAAAGGUGGCAUCACCAGAUAUUAACCUUCCACCGUUUAAAAAUAAGGACAAUUUUUUUUCAAUUUCACAUCCUUCAAAAGCAAAUUGACCCUUUUUUUCUUUUUUUUUCUUUUUAAUUGGGGAUUAAUUAUACAACACAAUAACCACAACAUACCUCCCACAAGUGGGGUCUGGGAUUAGUAAAGGGUACCACCCUCAACUUGAAGCGCCUCCUUUGAUCUCAACAAAAGGCAGACAUUAUUGUGACUCAAACAAAGCAACCAGAAAAAAACAUGGCCAAAGUGGGAACCAAAAUUGUAGAAGGAAGAGGUAAAGAUGAUGAUGAAAAGGAGAAAGAGGAAGGAGAAAAGAGUGAAGAGAUGAAGCCAUGGGAGCAGCAUUCUGCUGUAAUAAGCAUCCCUUGUUUCGAUUACAACGCUUCUUCUUCACUCCUCCGCCAUUCCCAUUUUGGGUUUCUCAUCACUUAUCCCAUCAAUUAGUAGCGGAAAAAGAGAAAGGAGAAAUAAAUCCUCUUUAAGAAAACUUAAAAUUAGAUGGGAAAGGUCAAAUUUGCUUUUGAACUAUGCGAAAGGUUCAAAUUUAUCGUUCAUUUAAAAAUAUUAAUCAAAUUUAUCUCAUUUCGCAUAGUUCAUGAGCAAAUUUGACCUUAACUAGUAAUGGUAAAGCAUGUUUGGUCAAAUCUAUUAAAGAAGGACAAAGCUAUUCCAUUUUGCAUAGUUCAAAAGCAAAAUUGCCCCUUUUUUAAAUUGGAGAUUAGUUAUGUGGGGUCUUAUACUUUAAAUUUUAAUAUUAUUUCAUAAAAAGGUUUACAACCCUCAACUUGAAGCGCCUCCUUUGCUCUCAACAAAAAGCAAGACAUCAUAGUUACUCAACAAAAAAAAAAAAAAAUGGCUGAAGUGGGAACCAAAAUAGUAGAAGAAAGAGACAAGUAUAUUCAUAAAGAUGAUUAUGAAGAAAAAGAGGAAGGAGAAAAGAGUGAAGAGAUGAAGCCAUGGGAGCAGCAUUCUGCUGUAAUAAGCAUCCCUCGUUUCGAUUACAACGCUUCUUCUUCCCUCCUCCGAAAUUCCCAUUCGGGGUUUCUCAUCACUUGCCCCAUCAAGAGGGAGAAAAGUGCAACAAAAGAAGCUAUAGGUAUCCUUGAAAAGGUUAUAUUUUUACUCUUCGGUACUUUCAAUUCUGGUAUCCUUGAAAAGUAUAUUGUUUCAAAUCCAGAUGCUAAGAGAAGGAAAAUAUGCACGGAAGAUGAUAAUGAAGAAUGCAACGGGUCACGAGAAGCUGCAGCUGAUGAUCUUGUGAAUUCUGAAUCUGGUACUUCUAUGGAGAAAAGUGACAUUCUCUCACUUGUUAAGUUAACGAGAAGCGGAUUGGUUCUCUUUAAAUUUCCGUUCGACAAGUCUCCAGCAGUUGUUGACAUCGUUUCACAGAUUUUUCAAUCCAUAGAAUCUGGAAUAUUGAAGUCUCCUCUCUGGUGCAAUCGGAUAUUACCAAUUCAAGGUACAUGCCGUUUAGAUGAGAAGGAACUUAAGAAGAUUGUAACAAAGCUUGUUGAUCAGUUUAUGAACAAUAGGCAGAAGGAGACUGGAAACACUAUUAAGUUUGCAGUUGGCUAUAACAGGAGAGGGAUUGAGGAAACCGAGAUGAAGAAUCUAAGAAAAGAAGCUUCUACUGAUCCUAAUAUAUUUGCUUUGUUGGACCGCAACAAAUGCUUCAGCGUCGUAGCAGCAGCAGUGAAAGAAAUCGUCCCAGAUUCAAUAGUGGAUUUGAAAGAUCCUGAGCUCUGCGUGCUUGUUGAGGUUCUUCCGCUUUCCGGAGUACCUGAUAAAACAGCCAUAGUUGGUGUAUCGGUUCUUCCACGAGCACUUGUUAGUACUAAGCCUCGACUCUGCAUCAAGGCCUUAGUAUCAGAUACAAAAGAGCUGAAUAAGAAGAAAAAAUAACGUUUCUCCACGAAUGGGAAGUUUUCUUUGUCUCAUUCUCAGAUACCAAAGAGGACAUAGAUUUUCAAUUCUCUGUCAGUUACUUGGAGUUAUCUUCUAGUGUGGAGAUUUUUGUAAGUUUUGGUAUAAAAUACAGAGCUUAAGGAGAUGGGAGCUUCUAGUUGAUUGUGCUGUUAUCCUCAACCAUUCUCAUUUAUUGUGUUGUGUAGACUCACGCUUUCUUUUAGCCCUAUUUAAAGAUUACUUAUGCAGUAGGAAGAAUCAGAACUUCUAGUACUUUUCAUUUUUAUUUGCAUUCUAUAUAAUGUUGGCUUGAGAUGAAUUUAAAUGAGAAAACAUGGUCAGCGAAGAUUCAUAUAGUCAA